UGUUGUUUUUUCAGUUUCGUUUUGUUUCUGUCAAAUUCCAGAGCAUAACUUCAUGCUAUAUCUCAAAUUUCGCCACAAUGGCAUCUACUUCUAAUGAACCGAUUAGUCCGAAUUAUAGUGUGAAUCAACAUGCGAAAGAUGGAUUUGUGCAAGUGACAGUCAAAAUUCCAGACUUGAAGACAAAAAAGAAAGGCUUGGUUGGUGGAAAAAGAAUUGUUGAUGCAAAAUUCUGCAGCCUCGAAAUAGUAUUUGGAGACAUGGCGUUAGACCUGAGUGCUGAAAUCCUCAAGGGGACAAAAGCUGGCACGAAGUACGAACUCUCCAUUGAAAAAGAGGACCUUAAUGUCACCGAUGUACGGCCAGAGCCUGCUAGUAAAUACGAGGUGGAGGACAACAUUGUUCGAAUAUUUGUGAAGAAAUGUUAGACUGGACUUGAUCGGAUAUGAUAUUUGUGUGGCAAUAUCAGGGGUGUAUCUUUAUGGUGCUGACACCAUCUGUGCUGUGCAGAGCUGUCUAAAUACUGUCAUCUCGGAUUUUUUAACAAAGGAUGUGGUGGCCGCUGUUUCAAAGACGGCUUGUGAUAACACAACUUUACCAACCCGUAAUCGAAAUUCAGCUGACGAAUCCCUUGAUUCAUUAUGGACUUAUUUUAUGUAGCAGUAGACUGUAAAUUCACAUAUCUUUUUCUAUCAUCAUUUUAUAAUGCAGAUUGCAAACGGUCUGUUCUUAAAAGUGGUUGGUCCGAGAAUAUCUAAUUUUUGUCCACUUUACAUUAGCCAGGGAAUCAAGUUAGUAAUUAAAGGGAGACCUUAGGUAGGAGCCAGUUGGGUCUGAUUAGAUUGCACAGAGUUGCCAGUCUUUCCUAUUACAUGAUGUAUAGAAACUAUUGAUGCUUGUACAGAGAAUAUAUUCAUCGCUGUACAAAACUCGGUCCAUUCAUUAAGUGUGCAUAUUAGCAGAAACAGAUGGUGAGCAAUCACUAAUUUGACCCCCUAGCUCUUGCCUAUAGUCCCUUUAACGGUCCUCACAGUUCUGUCUCUAUUAGGGAAGGGUAGAACAUCUUUUCAGAUUAUCAUCUGCCAAAACUUGCUUGUCCUCGAAGGGAUGGUUUUCCUUCACAACACGGCAGUGUGGAUCCACAGUCUACAGGAUAGUUAUUUUAAGAGACAUAUCUGUAGUUCUGUUUGAUUUGCUUCUUAUUUAUGAUUCUGGGGAGGUUAAGGUCUCCCUAAAUGAAAUUGUUAAUUUAUUUAAAUAAAAUAAACCUGCUUUA